AUGAACUCCUCUUUGGUUGGCAACCAGAGUGGCCGGCCCUUCUGUCUCCUGGCCAUUAGCUAUUUGGAGACCAUCAAUUUUUGCUUGCUGGAAGUGGUUAUUAUUGUGUUCCUCAUGGUGCUGAUUAUUUCGGGCAACAUUAUUGUGAUAUUUGUCUUUCACUGUGCACCUCUGCUGAACUACUUCAUUCAGACUAUGGCGUAUGCUGACCUCCUGGUGGGUGUGAGCUGUCUGGUGCCUUCUUUGUCUCUGCUGCACUAUCCUAUUGUUCUAAGUGAGUCCUUGGUUUGCCAAAUCUUUGGUUAUGUGGUAUCAGUGCUUAAGAGCGUCUCCAUGGCCUCUUUGGCCUGCAUUAGUAUUGACAGAUACAUUGCCAUCACGAAGCCGCUCACCUACAACACGCUGGUUACCCCGUGGAGACUCCGCAUCUGCAUACUGAUCAUCUGGCUGUACUCCUGCCUGGUCUUCUUACCCUCCUUUCACUGGGGAAAGCCUGGAUAUCACGGGGAUGUGUUUCAGUGGUGUGCCAACUCCUGGAACACCGAUCCCUAUUUUACCCUCUUCAUUGUGGUGAUGCUCUACGCCCCAGCUGCUUUCAUCGUCUGCUUCACUUACUUCAACAUCUUCCGCAUCUGCCAGCAGCACACCAAGGAGAUCAACGAGAGGCGAGUGCGCUUCAGCUCUCAGGACGGGGAGGCUGGGGAGGCACAGCCCUGCCCGGACAAGCGCUACGCCAUGGUUCUUUUCCGCAUCACCAGUGUCUUCUACAUCCUCUGGUUGCCCUACAUCAUCUAUUUUCUGCUGGAGAGCUCCAACGUCUAUAGUAACCGCGUCGCGUCCUUCUUGACCACGUGGCUUGCCAUUAGCAACAGUUUCUGCAACUGUGUCAUUUACAGUCUCUCCAACAGUGUCUUUCAGAAGGGGCUUAAGCGUCUCUCGGGGGCUAUCUGUGCCUCUUGCGUGAGACAGAGGGUAGCUAAGGACUCCUCUACCUCGAGGAGCAAAAGAUCUUCCAAUGGAUGUCAUGUCUAAGACGCCUAUCAGCUGGACUGGGAAGUGCAGGGACAAUUCUGUAAAUUGCAAAACAAGUUAAAUCCGAUUUUAAGAUGUCCAGAUUUGCAAAAAGGUUUCUGAGAAAUGCUGCUGACAUAGAAGAAUCAGGAGCACAUAUCAUUGUGAUUUCACUUUAAAAAAAAUUAUUACUGUGGAGGAGGCUGUGGAGUUUCACCUCCAUAUUCAUUUUUAAGAAUAAAACUGUAUCUUGACACUUACCUCUCCAGCUGGUGUGACUGAAUGGAGUGGGUGUCUGAGAGCUUCGGCAAAAUGUAGUCUUUCUUACAGCUUUACUCGGUUCUUUGGAGAUUCGUGCUUCACAUGUAAAUGAUAGAUCUGAAGUGGAAA